CGGACCGUCAUGUUUCCGGUAUAGAUGCAGGCUCUAGCAUCCAGAUGUGUUGUUGACGCUGUGUGAUGGCUCCAGUGUUUCCUGCAGAUGUCCAGCAGCUGUUGGCGAUAAAAGAAGAGAUUCCCUAUGAAUGCAGCCCUAAUCUGGACCAUCAUGACUCAGAGCUUCUUCACAUAAAGGAGGAACAGGAGGAACUCUGGAAAAGUCAAGAGGGAGAACAGCUCAGUGGGCUGGAGAAUAUCUCUGGGUUCCCAUUCACUGCUGUUCAUGUGAAGAGUGAAGAUGAUGAUGAGAAACCUCAGUUCUCAACACUUCAUCAAAGCCAAACUGAAAACAGCAGAGAGACAGAGCCUCCAGCUAGCAGCUCAGCUGAACAGAUAAAAACAGAAAUUGGUGAAGAAGACAGUGGACCAUCAGAAUCAGAACCACAUGCAAACUGUCAUUUACAAUCUAAUACUGAUGGAGAGACUUCAGAGUCUUCUGAGACAGAAGUCAGUGAGGACGAUGAUUGGCAGGAACCUUUGUCUGAUUUUGGACCAGAAACUGAUGACAACGACAGCGGGUUAAACAACAGCAGAGCACCUGGGUCAAGUGUAAAUAAAGAUGUGGGAUUUAAGAUUGCAAAACAGUCUUUAGGUUGCUCUGAGUGUGGUAAACAUUUUGUCUGCAAGCAGUCUCUUCGGAAGCAUGUGACAUGUCACUCAGAAAAAAGGUCUUCCAACAGUUUGGUUAAUGAGAAACAUUGUAGAGUGGAUCAAAACUGUGAUUCUCAUAUGACAGUCCACACAGGAGAGAAAUCAGUUAGCUGUGACGAUUGUGGUAAAAAAUUUAAUCAAAUGAGAGAUCUUAAAAUACACACACGAGUCCACACAGGAGAAAGACCAUUUGAUUGCAGUGAGUGUGGUAAAAGAUUUAGAUAUCAAGGAAGUUUGUAUGUACACAUGAGACUCCAUGGUGGAGAGAAACCAUUUUCUUGUAAUAAAUGCGGUAAAAGGUUUAACCUCAAGACAAAUCUUAACAGACACUUAAGAUCCCACACUGAAGAGAAACCGUUUAGCUGUCACAUUUGUGGACAAAGAUUUAACUAUAAAAGAAAUCUUAACAUGCACAUAAGAGUGCACACAGGAGAGAAACCUUUUAGUUGUGACGAUUGUGGACAAAAAUUUAACCAAAACAGAGAUCUUAGGAGACACAUGAGAGUUCACACAGAAGAGAAACCGUAUGUCUGUGGCGAUUGUGGUAAAAAAUUUAGUUAUCAGUGUAAUCUGAAGAGACACAUGGCACUCCACAAAGGAGAGAAACAUUUUGUUUGUGGUGUUUGUGGUAACAGCUUUAACAGAGAGGGGAAUCUAAAGAUACACAUGAGAGUCCACACAGGGGAGAAACCAUUUGGCUGUGACACUUGUGGUAAAAGGUUUAACCAAAAGAUACAUCUUGAGACGCACAUCAGAGUUCACACAGGGGAGAAACCUUAUCACUGUGAGUUUUGUGGCAAAAGCUUUAGACACCAGUGUAAUCUAAAGAUACACAUGAAAGGUCACACAGAAUAGUUUAGUAAUAGAUACAAAUUGAAUUUCAGCUGUUCCUUUAUUCGCAAGGAGUUGCCACAGUUUUUACACAUACCCUUGCUUAUGUAAUCCAGAAAAAUAUUCACAUUGCUUCAGUUGUUCCACAUUUUUUUCAUGUUACAGUUUUAUUUCAAAAUGUAUUGCAUUUAUUUUUCACCUCAAACUUCAAACAAUCAUAACCCCAAGAUGACAAAGUAAAAAAGUUUGCUUGAAAUUCUUGCAAAUUUAUUUAAAAUCAAAAUAUAAAAUGUACAAAAAUAUUCACACCCUGUGCUGUGACAAUCAAAAAGGAAGCUCAGGCAGCUGAGAGAUCAAAGUAAAAAGGCUUUAGUCAGGGAGGUGACCAAGACCCCAAUGGUCACCCUGACAGAGCUCUGGUAUCAUUCUGUAGAGAGAGAAGAACCUUCCAGAAGGACAACCAUUUCUGCAGUACUCCACCAAUCAGGCCUUUAUGGUAUAGUGACCAGUCAGAAGCCACUCCUUAGUAAAAAGCAAAUGACUGUCCACCUGGAAUUUGUCAAAAGGGACCUGAAGGACUCUCAGACCAUGAGAAACAAAAUUCUCCAGUCUGAUGGAACAAAGAUUGAACUCUUUAGCCUGAAGGUCAUGUCUGGAGGACACCAGCCACCAAUCAUCAACUGGCCCAUACAAUCCCUACAUUAAAGCUGGUGGUGGGGGCAAUAUCAUGAUGUGGGGAUGUUUUCACCGGCAGGAACUGAAACUAGUCACGGUCAAGGGAAAUAUGAAUGCAGCAAUGUUUAGAGAUACCUUGAACUGAGGUGAAGACUGAUCUUCCAACUGGGCAGCAAUCCAAAAAGACUUGAGGCUGUAGUUGUUGCCAGAAGUGCUUCAAAGUAUUGAAGAAAAGAUGUACAUAAGUAUUCACAGCCUAUGUUUUUCAUUUUUAAUUUGCAAGAAUUUUGAGCAAACGUUUUUUCACUUUGUCAUUAUGUGGCAGUGUUUGUCGAGUUUUGAGGUGAAAAGUGAAGUUGUAGCAUAACAACAAGGAGCAAGGAAACCACUGUGAAUACUUUUCAGGUGCUCUGUGUCUCUCUUCCCAGGAUCAAAUCUGAAAACCACUACACUAUGGAGACAUUCAUAAAUUAUAUGAAUAAUAGAGUAAUAUAUAUAUGAAGCCAUUUGGUUCUGUAGCAUAUUUUGAGAAACUCCUUCAACAUUUUUAACCUUAUGUUUUUAUGAGUGUAUGACACCAGAUUAUUAAAGCAACUUCAGAUGAUAAAGUUCUCUCCAAUCUGUAUAAGAUUGAGGGUCUAGAGCAGGGGUGUCAAACUCAAAUACACAGUGGGCCAAAAUUCUAAACUGGAUCAAAGUUGCGGGCUAACAUUAAUAUUCAUUGAAAAAAAAUCUUCCUCCAAAUGUAACAAGGAAUCUUUUUUUAUGGACUCAAACAAGUUUUGCUGAAAAACUGAAUAUGGAACAAGCAAAGCUUAAUACUAAACAAUAUAUAUAACGUAUAUAAACGUAUAUAUAACUUAGUAUUGCACACAUGCAAAAUCAAAAUUCCAAUUAAAUAACACAUCAGUGGAAUUCAUUUCUUAAAUAAAAAUUGUAUUUGCAGCCUUUUGAAUUAAAUUUUAUCAUUUUAUCAUUUAUCAGAUUUUCAUCAUAUUCUCCCACUUGUCCAGAAAGCUCCUGUUUUCUGCCUUUCUUUUUGCCAUUUUGGUAUAGGUAGCAUGGCAGUAUUUGCAUGGUUGCUAUGACUAUGGUCAACAGAGGAGAGGGUGCUAAUGGGGCCAAAACACCAACAGAGCAUUCUGGGAAUUGUAGUAUUAGCAGUACACGCACUGUAUAAUACCGGCAGGCCAGCUCUAAUAGUAAUUUUGUAUGGCUUCACGGGCCAAAUGUAAUUAGGCUGCGGGCCAAAUUUGGCCCACGGGCCAGAGUUUGACACCUAUGGUCUAGAGGGUAUCAAUACUUAAUGGAAUGAUUUCAAGUAUCUUUCAGUCAUAAUUUCUAGGUAUUUUGUUGUUUGUAGCGCAUAAAUAAUUCAUAUGUUCAUAUGUAUAUACAGCAUGUCACUAUUUUGUACAUUUAUGAGACAUUUUGCUUGAAUUGGGUUGUAUUCGUUUUUCAUUUUACAUGAAGUAAAGUUAAAUGCUGAUAAUAAAAGGAGAGAUGUGGUAGUAGGCGAAGUGUCAAUAAUGAGAUCAGUGGCGAUGUUACACUGAACAGUAAAUAAUGUGUUAGUUUUAAACCACAGUGUUGCCAUUUUAACGUGUCCUGUGUAAUAUUUAGAGUAUUUUUUUUUUUACUGAAUUUGAAAUGUGUAUUUUUAAAGUUAAUAUUUGUAUAUUAUGUUUUGAGAGUCAACCUGGAAAUUGCACACCAGCAAACUGCAUGUGCAUCACCUGGGAGACCUGCUCUUCUCCGAUUGGUUAUCAUGUCCUUAGCCAUCUGGAAAAAAAAAAAAAACACUGUUUAAGAUUAAGACAGAGGCAAACGAGGUGGUGAGUGUGAAAAAUAGUCAGUGCUCCAAAUCCUUUAAAAUAUUUAUAUUUCACUGUGAGAUGUUGAUACUUACAGGUAUUACUCACCAGAUUUUGGAGUGAAAUAAUGCGCUCUUUACCUCACUUCACUUACCCGACAGCUGGGAUAUUAGGAAAAAGUUAUGGCACAUUACUAUUACUCAUUUAUUUCUCAUACCUAACACCUGUUUAUAUUAUUCAUAUAAUAAGGUAUGAAUGAUGAAAUAAUAUUUAUUAAUUAUUCAUAUGGUAGAGUUAUAUGAAUAUAUAUGGUGUAUGUUCUUUUUGUUUGCGUCAGCAAUCUUUAGUGUUAGUGUUGGUUCUGUGGGUGUGCAUUUGCACAUGUGUUUUGUUACAUCUUUGAUUAAAAUGACAACAUGUCUUUAAUACAUGUUGAGGAAAUCUGCUCAUUAUAA